GUUUAUAUAACCCAUAUUAUUAUGUAAUGCACAAGGAAAGAAACAGUAAAUACAGAAGACUGAUUUAUUGUCGAUUUUUACUCAAUUUGGGAUAUCUAAAAAGGCGCCAUGGGAGCUCGUCAAGCUAAAAUGAAGAAAAAUGUAGGAUCCAAGCGAAAAGGAUCCAGUGGUCAAGAAACAGGAUUUAAGAAAAAAAUAUUCAACUGUUUCUACAAUAAUGAAGCUGAGGACGAAUCAGAAGAAAGGGAUAUUUCUGUACAGUAUGAUUUGACUAGAAAUGCUAAUAAAGAAGAGAUAAAUGAUCUAGCUGAUAUCAAUGUUCUUAUCACUACUGAUAAAGAAAUAAAGAACAACGAACUAGCUGAUAUAAAUGAUUUGAUCUGUACUGAUAAAGAAAUAAAGAACAGCGAUCUAGCUGAUGUAAAUGAUUCGAUCAGUACCGAUAAUGAGAAAGAGAACUGCGAUCUAGCUGAUAUCAAUGAUUUGAUCAGUACCAUAAUUGAAAUAGAGAACAGCGAUUUAGCUGACCCACAAGAACAAAGUAAUAGCAAGACUGAAUAUAGCAAAGAUGACGACUCCAGAAAUAAAUCAGGGGACGAGGAAAAGAACGUUGAAAAAAGAGAUGACACAAUUGCUAGAAUUGUUGAGGGACAUGCUUCAUUGAAAAUAGAGGAAGAGGAAUUAGAGGCAAUAAACACUGAUGAUGAAAGCAAUGAAACAAAUUUUGAGACAUCGAUACAGAUUAGCGAUAAGGAAAUACACGUGGAACACAUACCUGAUGAAUAUGUAUAUAGAAUCCUACGAUUUGACGAAACUUAUCAUAAUGGGCUUAGACCAAAGAACAUCUUCUCGAGAGUAAGUCUUCAGCAACACGUGGAACGGGGAAGUAAGGGCCAGGAAUCGAGGUUUAUUUCCUGCUGCAAAACACUGUAUGGCAUAGAGAGGCUAGGAAGCCUUACGAAUGAGUUUCAAAGAAUAAGACAGGUGGUACGGAUAAAUAUAACAAAGCUUAAAGAUAGAGCCCGGGUUAUAGAUCUGACAAAGGAGGAAAUACGAGCACGUCAUAUAUCACCUUAUUCUACAGCAUGGGGGUAUGCCGAAAGGUUUGAAGAAGUGAUCAUAGACCCAACGUCACAUAUUCCUUCAGAAUGUGUGGAGAAAAUUGGUAUCGUUCAUAUGAGAAGUUUUAGUAAAAGAUAAGAUGCUGUUCCUCUACUGUCUUGAAAAGACAAAAUUUACUUCUUGUAUUGACUUAACGAACACAAAUGAAUAAUCAGUAUGUUUUCCUUGUUUAUACAGAUUGGCCUAUCUAUACUAAUGCGUCUAAGAAGUUCCUAGGGACGUUGCAUAUUAUCACUUCGCAAUGGAGUAGGAUGGUUAUAACUUCUGUGUGUGUUGUUUUCUUGUUUUGAAGAUAUGCACUUUGCGAAGGGGUGCUCCGCUUUGCUUGCUCACAAGUCAAACAUGAAUUGAUAUUUAUAUUCAAAAUUAUUUGAACAUCAAAAUUUUUUUUUCAAAAUUAAAACAUGAAUGAAAUGAAUGUAAAAGAGAAAGUAACGCCUAUUUUAAGCAUAAAAUUCAGUAAAGUUGACUUCAUUGUGUGUAUGG